GCAGCCCCCCGGCUCCGAGCCCGGCCCCCCCAAAGCCCCCCGCGCCCGGAGCUGGGGCCCCCCAGAGUGUCCCUCCCCGGAGGAGAUGGAAGCGAAUGCGAGCGACGAGGGCGUCCAUUUCCAGAGCUACCCCUUCGACUUCCUGGAGUUUCUGAACCACCAGCGCUUCGAGCCCAUGGAGGCUUACAACCAGGAGCACGCCAAGGCCGUGGCCUCGCUGCCCUGCCCCCAGCCCCCCUACGAGUAUCCUCCGCCGCCCGCCGGCGCCCCCCACUUCGACCGCCCCGCCCCCGCCAAGCCCAAGGACUUCAAAGCCGAGGGCCCUGCCCCCUCCGCCUCCGGCGUCGCCCAGCCCAAGAAAGCCGAGCCCAGCGCCGGCCCCCCGCAGCAGUACAGCACCGCCGCCGUGCCUGCCACCCCGCCACUCUUUGACGGGGCGGGGGCUUUCAGCGCCCCCCAGUGGGGCAUCGUGGACCUCUCGGGGCACCAGCACCUCUUCGGGAGCCUCAAGCGGGGGGUGGGCGCGGCCCCAGCCCCGGCGGUCCCAGCCGACAGCCCGGCCGGGAAAGACGACAAGAACUAUUUCCGGCGGCUGAAGUACUUCAUCGACCGGCGCUUCCCCUGCGGCGUGUGCCAGAAAUCCUUCAAGCAGUCGUCCCACCUGGUGCAGCACAUGCUGGUGCACACCGGCGAGCGGCCGUACGAGUGCUCCACCUGCGGCCGCACCUACAACCACAUCUCCAGCCUCAUCCGCCACCGGCGCUGCCACAAGGAGCCGCCUGAGGCCGGCCCGGCGGCUGCCGCCCCCCUGCCGCCACCAGCCCCGGCCGGGGGCACCGAGCCGGCCGGAGAAGGCAGCCCCGGCCCGGCGCAGCCCGACGGCCCUUUCACCUGCUCCCUGUGCUGGAAGGUCUUCAAGAAACCAAGCCACCUACACCAGCACCAGAUCAUCCACACCGGCGAGCGGCCCUUCAGCUGCUCCGUCUGCGAGAAGAGUUUCAACCGGCGCGAGAGCCUCAAGCGCCACGUCAAGACCCACUCGGCCCUGCUGCGGGUGCCCUGCGGCGUCUGCGGCAAGGAGUUCCGGGACGCCGCCUACCUGCUCAAGCACCAGGCCUCCCACGCCGGCCCGCGCCCCGACUACAAGUGCGACGUCUGCGGCAAGGCCUACGCCGCGCCCCAGAGCCUGCUGCGCCAUCGCCAGCUCCACGAAGGGGCUGCCGCCCCCCCCAAGGACGCCCCGGCCGCCGACUCGGCCCCGGCCGCCUACCAGGGGCCCUUCCUGCUCCCCAAUGAGGCCCCCCACACCGAGGGGGAGGCCAAGGCGGCUUUCGGCAAUGCGGCGCUGCUGGGGCCCCACCCGCUGCUGCUGGGGGCCGGCAAGAGCUUCUGCUGCGGCAUCUGCGGGCGCGGCUUCGGCCGGCGGGAGACACUGAAGCGGCACGAGCGGAUCCACACGGGCGAGAAGCCGCACCAGUGCUCGGUGUGCGGCAAGCGCUUCCGGGAGUCCUUCCACCUCACCAAGCACCACGUGGUGCACACCCGGGAGCGGCCCUACAAGUGCGAGCUGUGCGGCAAGGUCUUCGGCUACCCGCAGAGCCUCACCCGCCACAAGCAGAUCCACCGGCUGCAGCUGCCCUGCGCCCUGGGGCCCGCCGGCGCCCUGCCCGCCGAGGGGCUGAGUUACGGCUGCUCUGACUGUGGCGAGCGCUUCCCCGAUCUCUUCCACGUUAUGAGCCACAAGGAGGCCCACAUGGCCGACAAGCCGUACGCCUGCGACGCCUGCGGCAAGUGCUUUGGCUUCAUCGAGAACCUCAUGUGGCACAAGCUGGUGCACCAGACGGCCCCCGAGCGGCUGCUGCCCGACGGGGCCUGUGCCGAGGCCGCCCCGCCCCCCGGGCCCGCCGGCUGCCUGGAGAACGGGCUCCCCGGGGAGGCGCAGGCCGGUGCCGCUGCCGCUGGCCUGGCCUCCCUGGUGGCCCCGUCCGAGGAGCACCCCAUGAUCCCCAGCGGGGAGCGCUUCACCUGCGGCAUCUGCGGGCAGAGCUUUAAGCACUUCCUGGCACUGGUGACCCACAAGUACGUGCACCUGGUGCGGCGCACGCUGGGCUGCGCUGUGUGCGGGCGCAGCUUCGCCGGCGCCUACGACUUGCUGCUGCACCGCCGGAGCCACCUGCAGAAGCGCCACUUCAGCUGCUCCGUCUGCGGCAAGCGCUUCUGGGAGGCGGCCCUGCUGAUGCGCCACCAGCGCUGCCACACCGAGGAGCGGCCCUACCGCUGCGCCGUCUGCGGGCGCGGCUUCCUGCGCUCCUGGUACCUGCGCCAGCACAAGGUGGUGCACACGGGCGAGCGGGCCUACAAGUGCGCCCUGUGCAACAAGCGCUUCGCCCAGUCCUCCAGCCUGGCCGAGCACCAGCGCCUCCACGUGGUGGCCCGGCCCCAGCGCUGCCAGACCUGCGGCAAGACCUUCCGCUACCGCUCCAACCUGCUGGAGCACCAGCGCGUGCACCUGGGGGAGAAGGUGUACCGCUGCGACCUCUGCGGCAAGAGCUUCUUCUACCUCUCGUCCAUCCUGCGGCACCAGCGGGCCCACAGCGCCCGCCGCGACCUGCGCUGCUCCGCCUGCCUCAAGCUCUUCAAGGACCCCAAGUACUUCAGCAAGCACGUGCAGACCCACCAGGGCGGGCACCCCUUCAAGUGCAGCACCUGCGGCGAGGCCUUCGCCAACACCUACGGCCUGAAGAAACACCGGCACCUCCACAAGCUGGAGCGCCUGGCCGCCCUGGGCCACAAGGACCCCUGAGGGGGAGAGACGGGUGGGGGGAGACUGAAGGGGGGGGCAGGUUGGGGGCAGACCCCUUAGUGCCACAUAUCCACUGGGGUGGGGGGCAGGUAGGGGGCAGACCCCUUAGUGCCACAUAUCCACUGGGGUGGGGGGCAGGUUGGGGGCAGACCCCUUUAGAACCACUGGGGUGUGUGGUAGGUGAAGGGACAGACUCUUAGUGCCACAUAACCACCGGAGUGGGGGGCAGACCCUUUAAUGCCAUGUGUCCACUGGGCUGGGAGGCAGGUUGGGGGCAGACUCCUUAGUGUCACACAUCCACCAGGAGGGUGAAAGGUUGGGGGGCAGACCCCUUACUUCCACGUAACUACCGGGGUAGGAGGCAGGUUGGGGGGCAGACCCCUUAGUGACAUGUAUCCACUGUGGUAGGAGGCAGGUUGGGAGGCAGGCCCCUUAGUGCCACGUAUCCACUGGGGUGGGAGGCAGGUUGGGGGGCAGACCCCUUAGUGACGUGUAUCCACUGUGGUAGGAGGCAGGUUGGGAGGCAGGCCCCUUAGUGACGUGUAUCCACUGGGGUAGGAGGCAGGUUAGGGGGAGGCCCUCUGUGGUGGCCCCCCGUUUCCAUGCAGAAACCUAGGUCUCAGUGGCCCCCAUGGGUGACCACCCUGCCCUGCUGAAGGACAUCUUGGCCCCUCCCGAUUUAGGGGAACCUCCUCCGCCCCCGCUGAUGGGCCACGGACUCCUCGCUGGGCAGAGGCUGCUGGACCUGGCACUGCCGAGGGGGCGAGACCCCCAGCGCUAUCCUGGACCCAGCCCGCUCCCAGUGCUCCCCUGGAUUGAUGGGGGGAGUUUGGUGGGUCUCGUUGGCUGACUGUGCCCAGAGGUGCAGGCUGGGAUACUUGCGGACUGACUCCCCAGCCGGCGUCUGGACAGUGGCACCCAGCCAGGGCUCGACACGGCCAGGGGCACCCCAGGCUUCUCCCUCCCCACACAGCCGCCUGGAGCUGGGCCUGGCCAGGACCUGAAUCCCGCUGGAGGGGGGCCAUCGCCGUCUGAAGGAGGUGCUCUCUGCAGGAGCCGGCACUCGUGCCACAGGAACUCCGCCCACCCAUGUGGCGCUCCCCGGGACUGGAGACUAAUGCUGGGGGGCUGGUGACCCCCCACCCCAACUCCCCAUUUUGCAGGGUGGACGCAGGCCAGGCCCCAAGAUGGACCCAGGAGCUGUGCCACGAUUCGGUGGCAAAGCCCCCAGGCGGCUCUGCAGUGCCCAGCCCGGCAGGAUGGGCCCUGGGGCGUCCUGGCACCAGUGUGGAGCUGGUAAUCAGGGCCGGGGGGUGGGGCGGCAGCUGGCUGUGCAGUGGGGCUGCCUCCCCUCGAGUGGGGCCAGCCCUGGGGCUCAGACCACGGGGUGGGGCAGGUCUGCCACAGCGAACUCUCCACAGGGCAGACAGGUCCUAGUGGCUGGAUCUGGGGGUUAACCCAGCUGGUCAGAAGUUCAUGGCCCAGGGGGCGGCUCUGUUCUAACCUGAACUAGCCACAGGAGCAGCCCCAUGUGGGUGGGAAGCUCAGAGCCACGGCCAGACACGCCAGGAGCUGCAGCAAAUAUUCUGGCUAGCUGGCUGGCUACUCUUCCCUCCCUCCCUCCGUCUGUCCAUCACUCCAUGCAUCCGAAUCCAUCCAUCCAUCCAUCCCCCCAUUGAUACACCUCCAUCUGUCUGUCACUCCAUCCUUCCCCAUCCCUCCCUCCCUCCAUCCACCCCCAUCCCUCCAUCUGUCCAUCCAUCCCCAUCUGUCCAUCACUCUAGCCAUCCCCAUCCAUCCAUCUGUCCCUCACUCCAGCCAUCCCCAUCCCUCCCUCCCUCCCUCCAUCCACCCCCCCAUCUCUCCAUCUCAUAGACUCAUAGACUUUAGGGUCAGAAGGGACCAAUGUGAUCAUCUAGUCUGAUAUCCUGCACAAAGCGGGCCACAGAACCCUACCCAUCCGCUUCUAUAACAAACCCCUAACCUAUGUCCGAGUUAUUGAAGUCUUCAAAUUGUGGUUUGAAGACCUCAAGCUGCAGAGAAUCCACCAGCAAGUGACCCAUGCCCCACCCUGCAGAGGAAGGUGAAAAACCUCCAGGGCCUCUGCCAGUCUGCCCCGGAGGAAAAUUCCUUCCCAACCCCAAAUAUGGCUAAACCCUGAGCAUGUGGGCAAGACUCACCUGCCAGCACCCAGGAAAGAAUUCUCUGUAGUAACUCAGAUCCCAUCCCAUCUAACAUCCCAUCACCGACCACUGGGCAUAGUCAUCUGCUGAUAAUCAAAGAUCAAUUGCCAAAAUUAAGCUAUCCCAUCAUACCAUCCCUUCCAUAAACAUAUCAAGCUUAGUCUUAAAGCCAGAUAUGUCUUUUGCCCCCACUACUCCCCUUGGAAGGCUGUUCCAGAACUUCACUCCUCUAAUGGUUAGAAACCUUCAUCUAAUUUCAAGUCUAAACUUCCUAGUGUCCAGUUUAUACCCAUCUGUCCCUCACUCCAUCCAUCCCCGUCCAUCCAUCUAUCCCUCACUCCAUCAACCCACCCCUCCCUCCAUCCAUCCACCCCCCAUCCCUCCAUCUGUCCAUCACUCCAUCCAUCCCCAUCCCUCCCUCCAUCCAUCCACCCCCCAAUCUGUUCCUUCCUCCAUCCCCAUCCCUCCAUCUGUCCCUCACUCCAUCCACCCCAUCCCUCCAUCUGCCCCUUACUCCAUCCCUCCCUCCAUCCACCCACCCCCAUCCCUCCAUCCGUCCCUCCCUCUAUCCAUCCACCCUAUUCCCUCGCUCCAUCCCUCCCUCCCUCCAUCCAUCUGUCCUUCACUCCAUCCAUCCCCAUCCCAUCCCUCCAUCUGUUCCUCCCUCCAUCCAUCCCCAUCCCUCCAUCUGUCCCUCCAUCCAUCCCUCCCUCCAUACACCUCCAUCCCUGUCCAUCCAUCCGUUCCUCUCUAGCCAUCCCCAUACAGACACCACCAUCCAUCCAUCCAUCCCUCCUUUCCUCCCUCCAUCCACCCCAUACACCUCCAUCCAUCUGUCCCUCCCUCCAUCCCCAACCAUCCAUCUGUCCCUCACUCCAUAACUGUACCCAUCCAUCCCUUCCUCCCCAUACCCAUUCAUCCCUCUGUCCCUUGCUCCCUCCAUCCCCAACCAUCCAUCUGUCCCUCACUCCAUAUCCAUACCCAUUCAUCCCUCUGUCCCUUGCUCCCUCCCUCCAUCCCCAUCCAUCCAUCUGUCCAUCCAUCCCCA